UCAGCGUCUUUUUAUGUGGAUAAUAUACUGGAGAAGGGCAGUACGAUGGUCGAGAAGUUAAUUCAAGCGUACAGGUUUGAUUUUAAUAAGCAUAUUGUGAGUGGGCCUACUUUUGAGCAGAAAGUAAUGAAUAUGAAUGUUAAUGAUUUGGGACUCCCAGAAGAAGGAUCGUAUUGAUACAGUCCAGAGACAGCUCAUAUUAUGAUAACAGAGUUUAGGAAAUUCAUGGUGCUCAAUGCUGGUUUGAUUCUUCUUGAGCAAGAAAGAACGGGAGCGAACUCAACUCAAAAAUAUUUUUAUAAAGACAUUAUUGGGGGGAAGACUCAUUAUUCAAGUGCUAUAUUUCCUCCUUCUCAUAUAGAUAGAAUAUGGAAGCUGCUGAUUCUUCACUCGCAAACUUAUUCAGAUUUUUGCCAGCUGUUAUGAGGAGGAUACAUUGACAGACAAGAGCCUAAUUUUGAAGAUAAGCUUGAGAUAACUUUAUCCCAAAUUAAUAAACUUUUAUAUGAAUUUCCUAAAUAUCUCAAUGUUUUUAUCAAUCUCCCAUAUUUUGAAGCAGAUUAUAUAAGAGUUGGAAAUAAAAGAUGUGCUAAAAUUUGGAAAUAUGAGAUAGGAACUACUCACAAUAACCGAAUCCCAAUCUCUGAAGUAGUCAAGAUGGUUGAUCAAACAUAUGAUGAAUUUACUCAUAAUGAUUCUGUCAGCUUUGAUGAUGCUCUUAAGAUUGCUGAUAAAGUUCUAAAUUCUCUACCAAAGAAAACCUCAGCUAAUCUAGAACUCCCGAUUAUUCAAUUCGACAACUCUACCAGCCAACUUCUAUUUGAUACAUUGCUGAGCAUUGAGUUUCCAGAAGAUUUGCUUGGCAAUUUUCAAAAUUACUGGCUACUUUCUGAUAACUUUGCAGCCUGAGUGUUUGUUGAGUAUCUGAAGUACUUGGUCCUCGAAACUCUGAGUAAUUCUGAUGUUGCUCCAAGCUUCUGGAUCGAUCAGCUGUGGCAUUCACAUAUGACAUAUACCAAGCAUUACAGAGACACGUGUACUUUCUUAAAAGAAACUGCUCUUGUAGAGUUGAGUGACUUAGACUUAAAACCUAAGAACUUUAUAGGUCAUUACCCUUGCGGAGAUUCAGAUCAAGACAACAGAGAUUUAGAAAAGAUAGAGGAAGAUAUGGUUGCACUUUACCAACAUUAUUUUGGAAUGAUUACCCACUCAGAAAUUACACGCUUUCAGGCAGACUACAAGCCAGGAGAGAAAGUAAUGAGCGUGAACAUUCUUGGGUUAGUAACAUCCAGAUAUUUAAGAAGAGAUCCUGAUAGUGAAGAUAAUGAAUUAAACAAAUACAACUUAAUUUUUUACCAGACUAUGAAAGAGUUGAUUCAACUUCAUGAAGUCUCGCAAUCUCAAAAUCUGACUGUUAAUGAAUUAAAAAUAGAUGAUACAAAUAUUCCUUCUAAUUGAGUUGAGGGGCAUUUUCAAAGAAUUCAUACGAGAAAUUUGCUUUAUGAUAAGCAUGACCAAGAUGGAGAUUUAAAUUUUAGACAAAUCGGCCAAGACCAAAAUUCUUCAAAGUUAUUACAAGAUUGGAGAGCUAAAUUCAAUUACAAAAUUUGUAAAUCUGUAGAUGAGAAGAUACAACUGAACACCAAGUAUUCAGUACUCAAUGAAGCACCGAUUUUUAGCAAUAACGGAAUGAUUUUUAUGGGACAACUUAAACAAGAAGAUGAAAAACUGAAAAUGAACCUGUCUUCAUAUACUAACCCUUUACUUCGAAUUCUUUCAUGUUCAUUACCAAACCUAGCAGACGCAAUAGAAUCAGAAUUAGACAUAUUUCCAAAAAUCUCCAACUCCUUCUCAGAAAAAGACUAUUUCAAACACUCAGUCCUAAAAUCCCACUCCUCCACCGCCUAAUUCUC